UUCUCUUGGGCUGUGUCCCUUCUCAGACACGCCCAGCUCAUGCCUCCCUCCCCUUCCCCCGUGGGGUCCUGCCCACCUCCCUACUGGGAGCACUGCUUUGAGGGGACUCUGGGAGGGGUCAGAAGCUCAGCUAGGGGAAUUGGGGGUCCGGGAGAGGGAGGAGAAAUGGAAAACAGAAGCGAGAGAAAUUAAGAGGCGGGAGGGACGGAGUGAAAAGGAAGCAAAGAGUCCGGGGAUGGUGGAGAGCACUUUUGGGAAGCCGCCACUCCACGACUCGACUCGGACUGGCCCGGCUGAGCUGGGGUAAAGGGAGCGGGGGCCGCGGGAGGAGGCUCGGCGCGGGCCUGACCUUCCCGGAGCGCCCUGCUGCCCGGACGCAGGUCCUGGACGAGAUCCCCGGGGGCUCUCGCUGCAUUCAGGCGGGAGGGUGAGCAGGCAGUGUGCCCCAGGCGCGGGAGGUUCCGAGGCCCUGGGAACCCCGCCGCCGGCCUGGCUUAGCGAUGCACGCUCUCUCAGGAUUCUCCCUGGUUAGCUUGCUCAGCUUGGGCUACCUGUCCUGGGAUUGGGCCAAGCCGGGCCUUGUGGCUGAUGGGCCUGCUGAGGCUGGCGAUCAGCCUUCGGAGGCUCCACCGCAGCCUCCACACAUUAUCUUCAUCCUCACCGACGACCAAGGGUACCACGACGUGGGCUACCAUGGCUCAGAUAUUGAGACCCCGACGCUGGACCGGCUGGCAGCUGAGGGCGUCAAGCUGGAGAAUUAUUACAUCCAGCCCAUAUGCACACCUUCGCGGAGCCAGCUGCUCACUGGCAGGUACCAGAUCCACACAGGAUUGCAACACUCCAUCAUCCGCCCACGGCAGCCCAACUGUCUGCCUCUGGACCAGGUGACACUGCCCCAGAAGCUACAGGAGGCAGGCUACUCCACCCACAUGGUGGGCAAGUGGCACCUGGGCUUCUACCGGAAGGAGUGCUUGCCUACCCGAAGGGGCUUCGACACCUUCUUGGGCUCCCUCACAGGCAAUGUGGACUAUUACACUUAUGACAACUGUGAUGGCCCGGGGGUUUGUGGUUUCGACCUGCAUGAGGGCGAGAGUGUGGCCUGGGGGCUCAGCGGCCAGUACUCCACCAUGCUCUAUGCCCAGCGUGCCAGCCACAUCCUAGCCAGCCACGAUCCCCAGAAGCCCCUCUUCCUCUACGUGGCUUUCCAGGCAGUACACACGCCCCUGCAGUCACCUCGAGAGUACCUUUACCGCUACCGUACAAUGGGCAACGUGGCUCGGCGCAAGUAUGCGGCCAUGGUGACCUGCAUGGACGAGGCUGUGCGCAACAUCACCUGGGCCCUCAAGCGCUACGGUUUCUAUAACAACAGUGUCGUUAUCUUCUCCAGUGACAACGGUGGCCAGACUUUCUCAGGGGGUAGCAACUGGCCCCUUCGAGGACGCAAGGGCACUUACUGGGAGGGUGGUGUGAGGGGCCUGGGUUUCGUCCACAGCCCCCUGCUCAAGAAAAAGAGGCGGACCAGUCGGGCCCUGGUGCAUAUCACAGACUGGUACCCAACACUGGUGGGCCUGGCGGGUGGCUCUACAUCGGCAGCCGAUGGACUGGACGGGUAUGAUGUGUGGCGGGCCAUCAGCGAGGGUCAGCCCUCGCCGCGCACAGAGAUCCUGCACAACAUCGACCCCCUCUACAACCAUGCCCAGCAUGGCUCCUUGGAGGGUGGCUUUGGCAUCUGGAAUACAGCCGUGCAGGCUGCUAUCCGGGUGGGAGAGUGGAAGCUGCUCACCGGAGACCCAGGUUACGGCGACUGGAUUCCACCGCAGACGCUGGCCUCCUUCCCUGGCAGCUGGUGGAACCUGGAGCGGAUGGCCAGCAUCCGCCAGGCCGUGUGGCUCUUUAACAUCAGUGCUGACCCUUAUGAGCGAGAGGACCUGGCUGGCCAGCGACCUGAUGUCGUCCGCACCCUGCUGGCUCGCCUAGCUGAUUAUAACCGAACCGCCAUCCCCGUGCGCUACCCGGCUGCGAACCCUCGGGCCCAUCCUGACUUUAAUGGGGGUGCUUGGGGCCCCUGGGCCAGCGAUGAGGAAGAAGAGGAGGAGGUGGAAGAAGGCAGGGCCAGAAGUUUCUCUCGAGGCCGACGCAAGAAGAAAUGCAAGAUUUGCAAGCUUAGAUCUUUUUUCCGUAAACUCAACACCAGGCUGAUGUCCCACCGGAUCUGAUGGCUGGGGGUGGCAGGGAAUCUCCGUUCCCCUUCAGAUGCUGUCCCAUUGCUGGUUCUCAGGGAGAAGGCCAAGGUCAAGUCUUCAUCUGCAGGCAUGUGAAGGGAGGGCACAGAAGCCCUCAGCUGAAUAGGGCAGGACUUGGGGAAGGGCACAAGCCAGGCUGGGAUGCCGGGGUUCCAGUCUUGCCUCUCUCCUGAUGUGUAUGUUCUAUCACCUCAGGUACCAAUAGCAGCAUUCUGCCUCCUCCUCACCUCUAAAAUGGGCUCUGGUGACUUUAUGAUUCUGGUGCACACGUGUGUCUGGGGCCAUGGCAGGUCCUUGCUGACCUCGCCACUUUCCAUAGGACUCAAGUCCAUGACCUUCUUUCUGGGUCUUUGUGGUGUUCUUAGAUAUCAGCUGGAGCAUUACCAUCUGGCUGUUCUGUUGAAGGACUCAGUGAGGGCGGACAGUGUAGGGUAUGAGAAUCUUCACAUUCCUGGAGCCUCAAGACUUGGGAGCCUAGUGGAAUGUUCCUCUUUUUUUCCCCAGCAUCCAGGGGCAACUGACUUGGGCCCUGAACAGCUGCUUAGUGAGGGUGGGGGAAACAGCUGUGAAAAGAGCCUUUGAACCAGUCAUCUCCUUUGUCCUUGAACACAGUCCUGCCUCCCCCAGGCCCUUGAUUUACCUACCUGCAAAGGGUAGGGAAGUGCUAGUCCUGGCUCUGCCUACCUCACGGGGCUGAAGAAAACUGGCCAAGCUAAUGGUUGUGGAGGAGACUGUGAACUUGAUUAAAGUGCCAUUACCCAGAA